UUUAAAGCCACGGCUCCAUCUUUCUGACUGGCUGUGUACAGAGACCCAAGUACCCACCGCCGAGGGGGCCCUGGGUGCUGAGAGUCUGCGCAAGUGGGCUAUGACAGGUGCACGUGGGACAUGGAACCACUUCCCCGGGGCUUAGGAGGGGCCCGGAGCGGGGACAGGGUGGAUCCUGGGAUGCAGCAGAGCCACCCAGGAGUGGGCAGGACAUGUCAUUGAGCAGCCGCUGUGUGCCAGGCACUGUGUCAAACCCUGUCUAUAUCUUCUGCGAAGCUGUUAUUAUUCCCAUUUUACAGACAGGGGAUCGGAGCCCAGAGCAGCUGGCUGACUUACCCAGGGCCCUACGGCUAACCAAGUGUCAGAGCCAGUGUCCGACCUCAGGACCAGAACUUGGGUCCCUUCCUCCUCCCAGGAGCUGCUUGGAGAUGCUGCUGCUGCUGCUGCUGUUCCUUCUCCUGCUGCUGCUGCUGCCACUGCUGGCCGUGCUCUGGCAGCGGCAGCCCCAAGAUGCCAGGCUGUCCUGGCUUGCUGGCCUCCAGCACCGUGUGGCAGCAGGGACCCUGUGCUGGGCGGCCGCCUGGCAGCAGCGGAGACUAGAACAGAGCACACUGCACGCGGGCCAGAGCCAGCAGCAGGCCCUGAAGUGGUGUCUGCAGGGAGCCCAGGGGCCCCGCGGUCCCCUCAGGGGGAACACAGAUAUAAGCACCUUCCGGAACCAUCUCCCACUGACCAAGGCCAGCCAGGCCCAAGAGGAAGAAAGUGAGGGGCAGCUCUCGCCUCCUACCUCAACCCAGUACUACGGGGAGGCCUCUCUGCAGGCCACCUUGCUGAGUCUGGCAGCCCUAAACAAGGCCUAUCCAGAAGUGCUGGCUCCGGGAGGCACCGCCUGUGUGACCCCUACAUCCCCCUGGCCCUGCCCUCUCCCCUGGCCUUGGCGUGCCUUGGGCCAGGUUAGCGCCCCUGGAGCCAAGCACCCUGGGGCCCUGCUGCUGAAGGCACUGAGGUCCCCAGGGCUGCGGGCACUGGAAGGUGGGACAGCAGCCGAACUCCUGGACGUCUUUGUGGGCCUGGAGGCGGAUGGCGAAGAGCUAGCUGAGACAAUAGCUGCCGGGAACCCGGGGGUGCCUCUCCCCAGACGGGCAGCUGAGUUGCGGGAGGCCCUAGAGCAGGGGCCCCGAGGACUGGCCCUUCGGCUCUGGCCGAAGCUACAGGUGGUGGUGACUCUGGACGCAGGAGGCCAGGCCGAGGCUGUGGCUGCCCUGGAGGCAUUGUGGUGCCAAGGGCUAGCCUUCUUCUCCCCGGCUUACUCUGCCUCUGGAGGGGUGGUGGGCCUGAACCUGUGGCCAGAGCAGCCCCGCGGGCUCUACCUUCUGCCCCCUGGAGCUCCUUUUAUUGAGCUGCUCCCAGUCAACAAAGGAGCCCAGGAAGAGGCUGCCUCUACCGUCCUGCUGGCCGAGGCCCAGAAGGGCAAGGAGUAUGAGCUGGUGCUGACCGACCACAUCAGCCUUACCAGGUGCUGCCUGGGUGAUGUGGUACAGGUGGUUGGUGCCUACAAUCGGUGUCCAGUCGUCAGGUUCGUCUGCAGGCUGGGCCAGGCCCUGAGUGUGAGAGGAGAAGACAUUCGAGAGGAUGUGUUCUCUGAGGCCCUGGGCCGGGCUGUCGGGCAGUGGCCGGGGGCGAAACUGUUAGACCACAGCUGUGUGGAGAGCAGCAUUCUGGAUUCCUCCGAGGGCUCGGCUCCCCACUAUGAGGUGUUUGUGGCGCUGAGGGGCCUGAGAAACCUGUCAGAGGAAAACCGAGACAAGCUUGACCACUGCCUUCAGGAAGUCUCUCCCCGCUACAAGUCCUUGCGGUUCUGGGGCAGCGUGGGCCCUGCCAGAGUCCACCUGGUGGGGCAAGGGGCCUUCAGAGAACUCCGGGUGGCCCUUGCAGCCUGCCCUUCGUCCCCCUAUCCUCCUGAGAUGCCCCGGGUCCUUAGGCACAGGAACCUGGCCCAGUGUCUGCAGAAAAGGGUGGUGUCCUGAGCUGAGAGGCCUGCCCACUGCCCCAUCCCCCUCAUAGGCCACUUGGUACAUUCCUCUGUGGCCUCUCUGGAUGGGAAAUCUUGGCCAGGGUCUUCGACUCUGUGCCACGUGACAGUUGCCCAUCAGAACCCCAGGCCUGAGGGAGGUCUAAGCUGUUCAGCCCGUUCUGAGGAGCCCACGUCAACUGGCCCCUGCAGUGCCCUCCCUGAAGGCCCGUGGCGCCCUCUGGAGGACACUGCUAGAGUUCCCACAUACUGCCGAUGUCUCCUGUGUCUCCAGGCCCAGUCACUGGGCAGGCUGGACAUGUUAACCGUUAAUGUUCCCCAGGAGCAACCCUCAGUCAAUAAGAGACAGGAGUCAGAGAAAGAGACCUCAGCGUCACUGUCCCUGAGUACAAUUCUCAAGUGUCUUCUGCACCGGUUGCCCGUAGUGGUAACCCUCUGAUUAACACAAUUCUUACUGGUUUUCCUUCCACCCUGCCCAUCCCCAUGUUUUCAUGUGCUUUGUAGGAUUACCUCCCAAAUAAACCACUUGCACCCAGA